AUGACCGAUAUUGCAGCCCUAGAGAACCGUCUUCCUCCGGAAGCAAAGGAGGAUAUUGCCAAGUCCGAUAUCUCGCUCAAGGAACGGUUUUUCCGAUACUUUCAGCAUGAGAUCACCGCCCUGCAAGGACAAAUGGAUCGCCUCGCCGAUACCUCUCUGAUAGCCGGUGAGCGCUCAGAUGCCAGCGAUCACUGCCUCGCGGGCAUUGCGAGGUUGUCCCAUGAAAUCAAAGACGCAUCUAGCUAUCUGCCUACAUAUGAUCAACGGAUCUAUGCCGAAGCAAUCAAGGCAUUGCAAGAGAAGCUAGCCGAGACACGAGCAGCCGUCCAGCCCCGAGCCAAAUUCUCAUUCAAGACAAAAAAGAACCCUUCUGCCGUAUCACUGUCAGACGCUGCCGAUUUCACUGCCCAAGGCCGGCAUCCCAUCCCUGGCUAUCUCUCGCCCGAUGUCUCCUCGCGCGAAUCGUCCAUGAACCCCACUCCAACCUAUCCCUCAACCCCAAUCAAUGAAGUCGAGCAGCUGCAGCUGAGACCUGAAAUUGCCCCGACCUCUUCCCCGGCUGUCCUCGAUGAAGGCAAGGUCGGCUCGCUUCUGGAAAAGAAGUCAGAUAUUCGACGGCCUACUUUUUCAAACGCCUCCUCGGUAUCUGUAGAUCAGCACUAUGGACUGCACAUUAUGCUUCCAUCGUCUGCUUCAAAAACUACAGUGCCGGCCUCCAUCACGUCUCUGCGUCACUGUGUAGUGGACAUGUCGAUUCCGACUUCGAAUGAUAAACCGUUUGCAAGUUUGACAGUCAAGGGCAUCAAAGAGAGCCUUCUUAUCUGUGGGCAAGUCGAAGGACCGGCUCAUAUAACAGGCGUAGAGCACAGCGUUCUCGUUGUCUCUUGCAGACAGUUCCGCAUGCACAACUGUGUCGAUGUCGACGUUUACCUGAGCUGUAGUAGCAACCCCAUCAUCGAAGACUGUACCGGAAUUCGCUUUACCCGGGUUCCUAAACAUUAUGUCCUCGAGCAUAAUCAUCACGAAGGAGCCGAAGGGGCCGAUAAAUGGGACCAGGUGGAAGACUUUAAAUGGAUAAAACCAGAACCCAGCCCAAACUGGAGCCUUCUUAGCGACAACGACAGCGUGCCGGAAGAAGUUUGGGGUGAAAUGGUGCCUGGUGGGCCCUGUUGGUCAUUGGAGGAUAUUUUGCGAGCUACGAAAGUGCUGAAGGACUAA